CUCAAAGCUUUUCACACUUGCCUGCUUUUGACACCCAACCUCUAGAAAGUGGCUGUCUUUCCUAUCUCUCGGCACUCCAUAGCUUUUUCUCGUUCCUCUUAAUCCAUGGACACAGCUCAGUGGGCACAGGGGAUUGGAGUGGUUAAACAGCCUGGGGUGGAAGGCUCAAUUCCGAAGCCUCCUACGACAGAAAGAAAGGCGAGGCCUCAGAAAGAUCAAGCUCUGAACUGCCCGCGGUGCAACUCAACCAACACUAAAUUCUGCUACUACAAUAACUAUAGCCUCUCUCAGCCCAGAUACUUCUGCAAGACUUGUAGAAGGUACUGGACCGAAGGUGGGUCCCUGAGAAAUGUUCCCGUGGGUGGAGGCUCCCGAAAGAACAAGAGACCUUCAACUUCUUCAUCUUCAUCCUCAAAGAAGCUUCCUGAUCUGAACCCCAAGAUCCAGCAAGGCCAAGAUCUUAACUUAGCAUGCCCACCACCAGCACCCGAGGACUACAACAAUAGCAUAUCAAAAUUUAUCGAGGUUCCUUUUAAUACUGAAGACAAGAGUAUAGCUUCUCAUCACGAUCAGUUAUCCUCGAUGGAGCUUCUGAGAACUGGAAUUCCGUCGUCAAGGACUCUGUGUUCUUUGAUGCCUAUGUCGGCGUCGGAUUCUUCCGGUUCAGCAAUGUAUAAUUCGAGUGGAUUUCCUAGUUUGCAAGAUCUUAAGCCUCCUCCAGGGCUUAGUUUCAGUCUUGAAGGGUUUGCAAAUGGGUACGGGGGUAUUUCUGGAAUGCACGAGGGAAGUAGUGGCGAUGGCAGUGCGAGGUUGUUGUUCCCUACUGAGGAUUUGAAGCAAGUUCCAAGUAGUACUGAUCAUUAUGAGCAGAAUAGAAGCCAUGCGGAUUCAACGGGGUUUUGGAAUGGCAUGUUAGGUGGAGGAUCGUGGUAAAAAUAUUAUUAUUGCAGAAGAGAGUUAUAAAGAAAAGCAAAAAAGCCAAGG